AUGGGGGAGAGAAAAAAGUUAUGGGACAAGUUGGCUAGUAUUGGUCAUCUGAAAAAUCCUUGGAUUAUUUUCGGGGAUUUUAAUGCUAUGUUUAGCUUCCAGGAUAGGAAUGGUGGGAGACAAAUCUUAGCUAAAGAUAUCACUGAUGCUCAAAACUGGCUGGCUUUAGGCCAAGUAGAUGAUUUCAAGUGCUCUGGUGCGCACUUUACUUGGUCUAACAAGCAUGAUGUAGGAGACCGGAUUUUUUCCAAGCUAGAUCGAGUUUUCACUAAUGACUAUUGGCUGGACACUUUCCCAAAAUCUGAAGCUUGCUUCAAAUGGGACUAUGUUUCAGACCAUAGCUAUUGUUCGGGAGGAGGCUUAACUAAGACUGUGCAGAAACUCCUUCGGGUUAAACAUGUUUUGAAAAGAUUUAACAGAGAAGUGGUUGGUGAUAUAGUCUUGGAUUACAAGUUGGCAAAGGAGGAAUUCAAUAAAGCUCAGGAGGCCUUGGCUUCUAACCCCUCUGACUAUACUCUUCAUCAAGUUGUUAUUCAAACUCAGCAGGAAUUUUCUGAUAUGCUGAGCCGGUACUCUAGUUUUCUCAAGCAGCAAAGUAAAGUUAAUUGGGUUAAUUUCAGUGAUGAAAACUCGAGAUAUUCCAUGCUAUUAUGA